GUGUCAAUAAGUCACGUCACAUACUAAACACAUAUUUAAUAAAGUUCUCCAUGAGUUAGCCUACAUUUGUUUAGAUUUAUUUCCAAAUUAGAAAAUAUUCCCAAUUCCUGUUUUAUUUACAACCAUUCGCUUGUCACUUUGACGUUUGACAGCGAACUAUUUGAGUUUCGUUGUCUUUGACAGAUUCGGUAACUUUCAUUCCAAUGCCUUUAAAAUUGUCUCAAACGUUUUCAUAUUUGAUAAAUUCUUCUUUUCGUUUAAAUUUCGCAAGUGGUAGUUUUGUUUUAGGAAAAAUAGAUCCGACAAUAUUUGAUAAUAUAUUUAAUAAUAUAUUCGUCAAAAAUUGUUCAAAAUUUAUUACAAUUUUAGCAUUUUGGUUAGCAAAAAUCAUUCUUAUUUCGGAUCUGGUAACAUUUCUUCUUAUCGAUGGUUCGAUGUGAAUUCCGUCUUGUCAUUUUACUGUCAGCUUUCUCAUUGGAAAACAGAUAAAAUUUUGAUCCGAGAAAAUCAUUGUAAAUUUCCAUUAUUUUGGUGAAAUACCGGCAGUGCUUUGUUCCGGAGGUUUGCUCCGUCCCUCAGGUAUGUAGAUUUCUAUUAGUAUUUCCAUUUUAUAUGAAAAUUCGGUCUCGCCAGAUUUCACAUGGAAUUCCUCUUUGUUAUAGGAAUGGAUUAGGGGCGAAAAUAAUGCCGCCACGGCAAACCCCGGCAACCUAAUGAAGGGCUAACAUAAGGGGCGUGUUAGCCCUUAUAACCCUUAUAAUCCUUUUAAUUUAAAAAAAAGAACCUUCGUCUCCUCCAUUUUCCCGCCGCUAUGCGCCGGUUAUGAGAUCGCGGCGAGUGAGCUCAUGAUGCUUUUCUAACCUCCGUACCCCACGUGCUCGCCCGGGUCGGCGAUGACGGAACAGCUCUAACCGCCUACACCUGCGGGAACGCUGAUGACAUCCUUUCCGGGCUCUACGAUCUUUGACUCCGCGCAGUGGAGCUCGUGCCGCGUGAGGACCUCUGCCCAAGGCAUCCCGCGGGUAUUAUGUAGUGCCCACCCACAGGUCGGUGACCCUUCUUUAUUCAAUGUGUCUCAAAAACCUUAUUAGAUUUAUUUAGCUCAAAUUUAGAUACCACCUUCUGUGGGGCUGCAAAACCAAUAACUUGUCAACCUAAUUGUAACCCGCCUCCUCGAUACAAUAUAAUUUAUAAGGCAAUAAGUUUGUUUCCUUUCUCUCCUAGCCCUCCCUAGUAUUAAAAGACUAUUUUGCUCAUACGAGGUAUCUGGUCAUUUAAUCUGUUUCUGUGCUUUCUGCCAGGCGCCCGAACCUUUAGUUAAGACUUAAUUUCUUUCUUUUUGUACUCUGGUAGGGUCUUUACCCCCUCCAUAAUUUAGUUGUUCAAAGAACUUCUUUAGGCAGAAGGUACAGACAGAAUGAUUUGUUGGAAAAAGUGGCUUGGCGGCCGCUCACUGAGCCUCAAUCAGAUUUACAUAGGGUAAGCCAAUAAGGGACGUUACAUAUUUGGCGCCCGAACAGGGACUUGACUUUUUCUUGCUUUUUCAAACUUAUUGCCUUAGCGGGAAUUUAAUUUUCAUUAGAAUAUUGUACCUUUGAAUUUAAGUUUGAGACACCUGUGGUAUAUUGUUUAUUGUAUUGUUUAAUACUGUGUUUAUCUUUCUUGAAUUCCUGUGUGUGUUCCACAGCUUGUUUUGUAAAAAUCUUCCACUUAAAAACUAAAGUUUUACAUACAGUGAUAUAAAAAAUAGUUAAUCAUUUGCAAUUAAAAUAAACUUAGUGACUAGGUAUAAUACCUACUUCAGGUCAACAACUUUUUUAUAUACAGGGUGGUACUCGUUUAAGAAUAUACAGGGUGAGAUUGAAAUUGAGAUUGAUAGUAAUUAAAUUAAAUUAAAUUUUGAACUUAGAAUAUUUUGGCAACUGUGACCUUUGGUUAUACAGGGUGGUUUAAAUUUUUGUGAAGGUUUUAAAAAAAUUUUUUCGACUUAGAAACUUUAAUUGAAUUUUAAAUUCGGAUUUAUUUUGGAGGAACUUUUAGAUUUUUAACUUUGAACUUUGUCUUGUUGUACAUCCACGUAGUCGGUUUGAUUUAAUUUCAAGAUGUCGGUCAAUGGGGAUCGAGAACCUGAGACUGCCCCAGGGGUUUCUCAUCCUUCAAUGGAGUCGAUGACUACCGGUGAACGACACAUUAGUGGUGCGGGUGACCAAUUUCAAUUUUUACCAUCUCAGGGAGAUUUAAUAACACUCUCCGGAUACCCUGAUGCUGGUCACAACAGCACGGACACCAGUGCGCAGCGACUUCCAACUGCACUCAACUUACCUCCUGUUAACCAGACUAUGUUGAUGGACAAUAGAAUAAACCAUACUUAUACCAAACAGCCUGACCUUACAAAAUGUAAAAUUAAUUACAAUGGUAGGACUUGCGUGCGUGAGUUUCUGACUCAAGUUGAAGAACUUCAGUAUGCUCGGAGAAUCGAUGAGGCUUAUUUAGUGAGAGCAUUUCCGUGUUUACUAUCAGACUCUGCUUUGAAAUGGUUCCGUACUGUUCGACACCGGGUAACUACCUGGUAUGAAUUAAAGCUCGCGUUACUACGCCGGUUUGAUAAAAAUGAUUUUGAUUAUCAGCUUGAGUAUCAACUUCGCACACGUAAGCAGAGACCUAAAGAGUCACUUUCGGAUUUUAUUAUUGAUCUCAUGGAUAUGAAUGGGCAACUCACCUUCCCAUUAACUGAAACUGUAUUGUUAGGUAUAUUUAGACAUAACAUGUUACCGUCUUUAAUGGUACACUUUGUUGGUAAAACCACUUAUGAUAUGGAUGUUAUUGUGCGGCUUAGUAAGGAAAUUGAUGCGUAUACUAUGACUGUACCUUCACAGCAUCAAAGUACGUCUAACUCUAAUUUGGACAAGCCUACUAGAAAAUACAAUCCCAUAGACGUUGUUAAACCCUUAACCUGUUUGAAAUGUGAAAAGAAUGGUCACCACUAUAGGGAUUGUAAAACAAUAAGAGGCACUAUUUGCUUUAAGUGUAAAAAAAGGGACGUCACCACCCUAACCUGUGAUAUAUGUAAGUCGGGCACAACUGAACCGACGAAGGUAGCGUCUCCAAAAAACGAGUAGACGGCGGUCGAACACCAUUUCGUUCCGAAGUGAGGCGUGUUUCGGCCGGCCGUGAUAACAAUUCCAUUCCCAGUUUAAAACCCUCCUCGGAUGUUAUUAAGUCAGAACUUCAAAAGUGUUUAGAUUUCAUUAGAGUUUAUUCCGGCCUACAUAGGAUAGCGCCUAUGUUGUUUGUAAA